UAACUAUCGAAAGUUCUUCCUCUACACUCCUCACACCAAGAUAUAGAUACUAUGCGGUUGUUCAAAAGACAAAUACCGUGGCGGAAUUCAGAAGACUUAACCCACUAUGCCAGCUGCGAUAUACUUGACCUACCUGCAGGUAUUUUGAUCUCGCAAGAUCCUUACAUUUUGACCUCUUUCCCCGAAGGCACGGCAAAGUACCAGCCUAGGUGCUACAACGGUAUUCCCCUCCUCCCAGCUAUGCGCAAACUACCCUAUAAAACUUUCCCCAUUAUCACAGCUGACUGGGCAAACUACACUUCUACGGAUGGCGGUCGCUUCGGAUAUUCCAUCUACCCGAUUAUCUUUUCUAUUAGCACCUGUACGACGCUCACGGUGUUUUUGACCGUCAUGGUAUUCACAAACUACACGCGCAACCCCUCAAUGCUCUUAAAAUCGGCCUUACUCGGCGCUUCUUGCUACGUUUUGAUGUGUUUCAUCAUUGCGAUCCGAAAGUUGAACGAACAACACAACUUGGGCUACCUCAGUAGCGAUAUGCUUGUGGACUUCUACAGCUCGAACAUUGCCCUUAGCGUUAUCGACUUGAUUUCUGUGGUGUUGUUACAGAUAUCCCAGGUGCAGAUUGUCAUGCGCUUGUUCAAUCGCCAGAAAGACAAGAGAAUAGCGUUUUUUGCGGGGGUGACCCUUUCAUUGUGUUCGCAGGUCAUCUGGGCCGUUUCCCAAUUCGGUGACGGUAGCGAAACGACGCUGGUGAUUCUUCCCGCCUUUAUUUAUCUCUUACGAAUCGCCAUGUCAAUUCUUUACCUGGGGCUAGUGAUGGUGUACAUCUUUCUCAAGCGUCAGUUCGUGUUUCAGAAGUCUCUUGCAUUGCUCACGGUAGUGGUUUUUAUUGUUGUGAACUUGAGUAUUGUGCUUUUUGUUUCUGAUAUGGCCAAUUUUUGGGUGUCGUCGUUGUCUGAAAUUUUUAACGUGGCGUGCUACGUCGCGUCAAUUGUCAUUCCGUGGGAAUGGAUCAACCUCAUCAACUCUUUGGAGAAGGUUAAGGAGAAGGACGGAAUCUUGGGCAGAGAGAUCUACGAAGAAGAAAUGGUAGCUGAUGAGAUGUCCCACAACUACAAUGAAAGCAUCGAAACUGCGAAGGAAAGGAAAAAUAUAUCCGCUGGAUCGGUCACUGCCAGUUCUAACACUACAGACGUUAGCAUUGGCGUGGGCAGACUGUCUGACCUUCAAGCGAAUCCAGGGGUCCCAGAGAAGGUGCACACACGUUUUAGAAUUGACAGUGUCUACCAGAUUUCUAAUCGUGUGGUAGAUACUCUCCGCAAUGCGACAGACAAGGUGUUACAUGUUACCGAUCAAGUGAUAGCUCACGGUUUCUCAGUUCCUCGGGCGGACAGCGCCAACUCACAAAGAUCGCGGAAUGCAGCCGCUCCUCCUGCCACUGGUGGUGUCUUUGUGUACGCGGCGCGCGAAGCAAGCUUUGACAACGAUGAAGAUAGUGUUGAUCAAACGUCAUCGCAUACCCUUUCAUAGGCGGUGCUAAGAAGGUGAGAAGCGAGGACAAACAUAAAAGAGGAGGUAUGUUCGCCGAGACACGCAUUGGAUGUAUUUUUAAGGGAUCUAGGCUAUACGAUCAUUUCUUUUGAUAAAUACUCAGCUGGACCGAGUCUUAGUCAUAAAUUUGAUAUGCCAUUUUUAAGAACAGUAAUUAUAUAUCAAUAUAGUUG